AUGACUUCUACUGCCAUUUCUGUUGUAGUAUCUGGCACAAUCUCUGCUGUAGUAUCUGUUACAGUCUCUGCUGUAGUAUCUGUCACAGUCUCUGCUACAGCAGGUAACUCAGAACCAACAACAUUAUCUAUGAUCGGGUCAACAACAAGCUCUGUUGCGGAUUCAUGA